AUGCUGUACUCACCGGCACUGAACAGACGGCAGGUCUCUGAAAAUCGGCAAUCAGGCAACCCCCAAGCGAACAAGGAGACACUGAGCAGAUGGCAGGUCCCUGCAGAUCGGCAAUCAGGCGACUUCCAAGCAAAGGAGGGGCAUCAUGUGGACAAACCAAUGCGCCGUAGUCAACGGUCAAUCAACCCACACCCCGCAAAUAGUGCUGGGUUGUUCAAACGUACCCGAGCUGAGGUUGCAAAGAGCGCACAGGCCAAGCGCUCUGCAAAGGCCAGCGUUGUACAAGCUAAGUCCCAGUCUACAGAGGCAGCAAAGAAGUCUGAGGCUGAAGGGAUAAAGAAGUUGGCUCAGCUUGAGGAUCAGAGACGUCGAGAGGAUCGCGCUGAAGAAGCUUAUCUCAAUGCUUCAGUAGACGAGAGAGACAGGAACGAAGACAUACCGGCGACAGAUGGAUUGGUUGAAGCUAAUAACUUGACAGCUAUGGAUGUUGAUGAUAGUAUUCAUGACAGGAAGAUCUCGUACCAGAGGCACAUUCACGAAGAUGAAGAGGACGGCGGCAUCGUCAGCGACGAUAUGGAUGUGAUGGAUGGCUCGACCAAGUCACCUGCCAGUUCAAAAAAGCACCGUACUCAAGCAGAAAAGCGCAAGGCAAGGGCAGCAGAGGUCCGCCUAUCAGUAUCUGCUGUACGAGAAGUAGCGCGAGCCCCGAAACGAACCUUAUUGACUGCGGAAUUGUCCAAUUUGUCCGCACCAGCAAGAAAGAAGAGUAAGGGAGCACAACAUUCUGCUCUCGAGGCAGACUGGCGCGAGAAGGUGUCUUCUAAGCUGAAGGGUCAUACCGCUACGUCCCCUUCACUUCAUUCGAAGACACCCUCCUGCAUGCUGCUUCCCUCUACCCUCAUCCAACAAGCUCGCCGAACUCCGUCCGUUCCCCAGGCUACAAUUCGCCGCAUCAAGCCUCGAAUCUCUCGUUCAGAAGAGAGAAAUAUCGACUCUGAGGAGGGGAGUCCGGAUUCAGACAUAGAAGGGGGAUUUACGGAUGUCAAUGUUGCUACACCUAAGGAGGAUGCCAUGAAGGCAAAAGCGUCUACUCGUAAGCUGAACACGGUCGUUGUCGCACUGAAUGAGGACGAAACACCCGUAGACAUGAAUGCCUUGCGUCGGCCACGAUCUCAAGUCGGUCCAGCAAAGUCACUCUCGAAAUCACAGCUUCCUGAGUGGGCGAAGAAACACUGGGACUCCAAAAUCAUUCCGACUCUUCUUGACUUCUACGGCAUUCAAGACGACCCCUGGAAUCUUGACGGCGACGAUGGCGUGACGCUUUUCCGUACAGCCCUUCAGCAAACCAUCAACUUAGUUUGUCCUGGUAUCAAGUACACACCGAUGCCGGUCCGCGAUAAAGUCUAUCUCAUUGCACGCCAGGCCGUCUAUGAUUGGCAUCGCAGGUUUCAAACGAAGGCCAUCCAGGCAGUGAAGUCUACUGUCGCUUCUUUGGGCAAUAAGAACACUGUGAAGGCUUUUGUCCAGAAGGCUUUACAGCCCAAAUACGGGGCUGCGUACUGGGCUACGCCAGAUCCCGAGCGCCCCGAGGGUGCAAUGCAAUCAAUCUAUAUUGUGAAGGUUCUAGCAAUGCACGUCAAAUCGACGCAGGGGUCUAUUUUCACACAGAAGUAUUACCCUGUCGGGUCGCUCUGUCUUGCUGUACUGGCCGUUAAACGCGCGUUUUUAGCGUAUUCCACUGGUUCCUUCAAGCCUUUAAACACGAGCUUCUCAGAGGAACACUGUGGAACAAAGACACAGGACUUGCGGCAGGGACUCACGAUUCGGACCUUCCUCAAGAAACCACACCGACAGGACGAGCUGGCUGAACGAAUCAGCCGUUAUUUGGCAAACGGCGAUGACAUUGAGGAUCGGGGCUUUGACGACGACGAAAACGCGAUCGUUGACCGUAGCAGCCCCCCUCCAAGUAACGAUGAGCACGAUCUAUUGGAUGACGACAGACUUAAUGACAGCGACGAUCGGUAUGCCGAAGAUGAUGGUAUGAAUAAUGAUUAUGAGGACAAUGAGGAUUGUCUCGAUCGCACUCAGUGUGGUGAGACUGACGAGGAUGAUUACGAUGACGCUUGA